ACGGCCGCAAGCGAACGCACGCGGCAAUGGCGGCGGACGGCGUCGUCGAGCUCGCGCGCCGCCUCCGCCUCCCGGCGCGGCCGUGUCCUCCGGGGACGCGCGGGCCUGGGGUGCUCCUCGGAGUCGGAGGGGCUCCCUCCCUCCUCCGCCUCCGCCUCCUCCUCCCCCCGCGCCGCCGCCCUCCGCUCUGGUCGCUCCGGUGCCGCGCGCUCGACUCCACCAGGCCGCUCGCGGUGGAGGGGGGCCUGGGGGACGAGGAGGACGAGGAGGGAUACGAGGAGGGGGAGUCGUACUUCUCCGUGACCUCCUCCAGGCUCUCGCGGGUGGACUAUCUGGGGGAGAGCACCAAGGGCGAUUUGAACGUGCGGAGGGAGCAUCUGGACGCGCUUGAUGGGAAUGGCCAGUCGACAUUGCAUGGCCCUAUAGAGGAGAUAGCUUGGAAAGAAGCGAGAGAAGCUGAAUCGUUGCUUCGUGAGUUGGGAAUUGCUGAUCCUUUUUCAGUAAGACACUUCCCUCGUGGAAUUUUUUGCACCAGGACACUAAAUCUUCGAUCUAUCAGUGUCAUUGGCUAUGAUAUGGACUACACAUUGAUUCACUACAAUGUGAUGGCUUGGGAAGGGCGUGCUUAUGAUUAUGGGAUGGAGAAUCUGAAGGGCAUGGGUUUCCCAGUAGAUGACCUUGAAUUUGAUCCGGACCUGGUCAUCAGGGGUCUUAUUAUGGAUAAAGACAAAGGGAAUUUGGUCAAAGCUGAUCGUUUUGGCUACAUUAAGAGGGCCAUGCAUGGCACCCAGAUGCUUUCAACUAGUGCUGUAAGUGAAAUAUAUGGAAGAGAAUUGGUGGAUCUACGGAAAGAAAGUAGAUGGGAAUUCCUUAAUACCCUUUUCUCCGUGUCAGAAGCUGUCAUGUUCAUGCAGAUGGUUGACAAGUUGGAUCAGGGGUUGGUACCAGCUGAACUUGGGCCACUGGAUUAUAAAGGACUGUACAAUGCUGUUUCCAGGGCACUUUUCCGAGCACAUGUAGAAGGUCAACUCAAGAAUGAGAUAAUGGCUGAGCCAGAACGAUUUGUAGAGCCUGAUCCUGAACUGCCUUUAGCUCUUCUGGAUCAAAAAGAGGCUGGAAAAAGGUUGCUUCUUAUUACUAACUCAGAUUACCACUAUACGAACAAAAUGAUGAAUCAUGCAUUCAAUCGCUUCCUUCCUAAUGAUAUGGCAUGGAGAGAUCUGUUUGAAAUGGUUAUAGUCUCUGCAAGGAAGCCAGAGUUUUUCCAAAUUUCACAUCCGUUGUACGAGGUUGUAACAAAUGAUGGACUAAUGCGCCCCUGUUUUAAAGCAAAUUCAGGUGGCUUGUACUCUGGUGGUAGUGCUCAGAUGGUUGAGAAGUCACUAGACAUCCAUGGGGAUGAGAUAUUAUAUGUAGGGGAUCAUAUUUACACAGAUGUAAGCCAAUCAAAAGUUCAUUUACGAUGGAGGACAGCACUAAUCUGCCGAGAACUAGAAGACGAGUUUGAUGCACUAAUCCGAAGCCAUGUUCAGAAAGAACAUCUUAUCACACUUAUACAACAAAAGGAAAUCGUGGGAGAUCUUUUCAACCAGCUUCGUCUGGCUCUGCAGAGACGAACAAAUUCACGUCCCGCACAGACGCUUGCUGCUACUUGUAUGGAUGAUCAGGAGCUUACAGAAAGUAUGCAAAAGUUGCUCAUUGUUAUGCAGAGAUUAGAUGAAAAAAUAGCACCAAUGCUAGAGUCAGAUGGAGAGCAGUUCAAUAAAAGAUGGGGCUGGUUGUCACGUGCGGGCCUAUGGGAUAAGAGUCAUCUGACCAGACAAAUUGAAAAAUAUGCUGAUAUAUACACAUCAAGGGUUUCAAAUUUUCUACAUUAUACUCCAUUCAUGUAUUUCCAAGCACAAGAACAGACACUUGGGCAUGACGCGCAUUCAUAUUCCCGGAGGCAACAACAUUGAGGUCGACGCUCUCUGUUUGAGAGAGAGAAAUCGGUAGAGGGAGUAGAAGGCAGCUGGAUGAUGUGAGCCGCGUGGUGAUUGGGCUUCUUGCGGCGCUGCAGCGAGGCAAGACCAUUGUUAAUCCGGAGCUCCUUUUUUCGCGUUAACGUAGUGAUGUCGUGUACUCGUGUAUAGCUGUGUGUACUCGGUGUACGUAAGAGUCAUUAGCUUGUGACACGAUCGCAAUAAGCCCAUGUUGUCAUUUGAUUUCUGCUGGACGACUCAACAACGAUUUGGUUUGGUUAGGCUGGGCAGAACAACCGUGGAAAGUUGGGCAUGCAAUUUGUAACUAAGUUUUGUAAGGUCUUCAUUUUCGCGUGUCGAAACUCUGGAAUGUCACUUGAAUGAAUAAAUAGGAAUAAAUUCCAUGGCUGUAUGCGGAUUUUGC